AUGAGUCUUGGAUCAUUAGCUAGCGAUCCCGAAUUACAAAAAUUCGUUGCUACAAAAGAACUUGAAAAUCAAAUAACUGCUCAAGUUCAUCAUUUAACAAAUAUAUGUUUUGAUAAAUGCCUUGAAUCAAGUGGUAGUGCCAGCGAUUUAUCGGCAAGGCAAACAGUAUGUUUACAAAAUUGUGUCGAACGUUUUCUUGAUUGCUCGGUAUUAAUCACAAAUCGAACAGUUCAACGUAUUCAACAAGGACGUUAA